UAAUUAUAUUAAUAUAUCUUAGGAGCUGCAGUUCUGAAUGGACAGAUUGUUUACUGCGGGGGAUAUGAUGGUGAAUGGCGCAGUAACUGUUUCAAGAAUGAGGGAAUGGACUGGAUAGAGUUUGAAAGUAUGAAUGUGGGUAGAUAUUACUUUACCCUGACUACACUAGGAGACAAAAUACUUGCUGCAGGAGGAUAUACUCCACAGGGGAUAACUGCUACUGUGGAGGUGUUUGAUGGAUCCUCCUGGAAGCUUCAAAACUAUGAAUUAACAUCUCCAAGACAUAGUCACUGUUCUGUUCCUAUCAGUGAGAGUCAAGUCAUGCUGCUUGGAGGAUAUUCUAACGACAACUUAUCUCUUGUAGAAGUCUACAGUAUUGAAGAGGGAUUCAUUGCAGAGCUUCCAUCAAUGCCAACUGCAAGGAGAGGACUAGCAUGCAGCAUGUUUAAUGGAGAAAUAUGGACAGCUGGAGGAGACAAUUUUGGAUAUCAAGAUGUUGUAGAAGUCCUGACACCAGGGUUUACAAACACCUGGAGGAGUGGACCUAAGCUGACCAAGAGGAGAGUCUACCUAACAAUGGAGGUGCUGGACAACAACCUGGUAGUAUUUGGAGGGGAUGGAGGUGUAGACAGCCUGGAGAAACUUGAAGGUGAAGAUUGGAUGGAGGAACCUCUGCAAUAUGGACAUAAACAACAUGCCUCUGUAUCAAUUCUGUGUAAUUGAUACAGAGAUGUAUGUUUAUUCUAUUGUAACUUAAAUUAAUAAUUUGAUUUAAAAUAUUGUCUUUUCUAAAAAUAAAUUGGAUUUAAUGCA